AUGUCUUCGCUACUAGAGAACAUCACCUCUGAUAGUAUCUACCUAACACUCCCUGCAACUCUUCUAGUAGCAGCUGUCGGGAUAAUAUUUUACCGCUUGAGCCUCCACCCUCUCGCACAUUUCCCUGGACCCUUUGAAGCCAAGCUCUCGGGCUCAUGGCGAAACAGACAUUACUGGCAAGGACAAUGGCACGAAGACGUCGUGCAACUUCACAAGAAGUAUGGGCCCGCCGUACGAAUCGCCCCCAACGAACUCUCCCUCGUCGACGCAGACGCAUUGAGACUUCUCUACAACCACGGCACGAAGGCUGUCAAGACCGACUGGUACUGGGUCUGGCAGGCUCCCAACGCAGGCCCAGCGCUGUUUUCCGCUCUGGACAAGAACAUCCACGCCUAUCUGAGGAAGCGCGUGUCGGCGGCGUAUUCAAUGUCGAGCAUGCUCAAGUACGAAGACUACAUGCAGGAGUGUCUAGAUCUGAUGCUGCAGAAGCUCAAGAAGCAUGCCAAGGCAGGAAACGAGGUUGAUAUGGCGAAGUGGGCAGGUUAUCUUGCCUUUGAUACCGUUGGAAGUUUGGGAUAUGGAGCGCCUCUUGGGAUGCUCGAAACUGAAAGUGAUGUCAUGGCUCUGCAGGAGAACAUCCACCAGGGGUUCACGUUGAUGUCGAACAUGGGCCAUUAUUGGGGUCAGGCGAGAUGGUUGACGAACCCAUACACGAUGAAGAUGAUGGAGAUCCUCGGCGUACCAAACUUUUUCGACAUGUUCGACAAGUGGACCAUGAAGAAGCUAGAAGCGAGAAAACAAAGUGAGAACAAGGAGGAAAGACUGGAUAUGCUCAGCCAUUUCUUGAAGAUGAAGGCGCCUGAUGGCGGCCCAGCGGACGACAAGGACGUGUUGAUGGAAGCGUUGAAUGUCAUCGGCGCUGGAGCAGACACGACAUCCAUCGCCAUGCGAGCCUGCCUCUAUUAUCUGUGCAAGACACCAGAUGCUUAUCGCAGAAUCCAGCAAGAGAUCGAUGAGUACUACAGAUCCAAGGGUCUUCGACAGCCCAUUACGUACCAACAGACACUCGAACUGCCCUUCUUCUGCGCUGUCACCCGAGAGGCAACCAGGCUGUUUCCGUCUAUUGGAUACCAGUUGCUGAGAUAUGCGCCUGCCGACAUGAUCGUCGAGGGCAAAAGAAUUCCAAUUGGGACUGUGUUAGGGAUGAGUCCAACGGCGGCGAAUCGUGAUCCACAGGUCUGGGGCGAAGAUGCCGAUGAGUUCAACCCCUCACGAUGGCUCAGCGACGAAGACAAAGUGCGGCAUCUCAACACGCACGACCUCACGUUCGGUGGCACUGGGCCGAGGACGUGUAUUGGGCGAAACAUCGCUCUUAUUGAGCUGCAUAAAUUCCUCGCCCAAUUUCUUCAUCACUUCGAUGCCGAAUUCGUUGACCCAGAGAAGCCGUGGAGGGUGCAGUGUAUGUUCUUCUCCAAUCAGCACGAUAUGCAUAUGAGGAUCAAGUAUCGUAAUGGAUUGGGCGACGAUUGA